GGGUCCCCACCCGCAGGUAGUGAGUCCUGACCCUCGGGCUGCCAUGGCUCACUCUCACCAGGGACUGCUCAUCUUGUUGGCUCUGUUCUCCCCCAGCUGGGAGAUCGUCUACAGCCUGAAUUGUUCUGAUACAGCAGUCUCUGUUCUACCUGUGAACACCACAGCCCUGAACGUUAGCUGGACAAAUCUGACAGAAGAUCUUAAAUUGAUUCAGGUGACUUUGGAAAAUGUCACAAAAACAGCCAAUCAGAGCCGCAGCUAUUUGAUAUUCGAUGGUUUGGCAAAAGGGAUGAACUACACUGUUUCAAUUCACAUUGAAUACGGGAAUAACACAUGCAACACAGUACGGUCAGGAACGACAAACCCUUCUCCGGUCACCAGUCUUUCUGUGGUGAAUAGAACGGCAGAGUCACUGACGAUAAACUGGACAGAGCCCAAUGAUAUACGAGUCCGUAAUUACACGUACAAUAUUACAGUCACGAACUAUACCGGAUCUUCAAUUGGGACGCACUCCACUGGGACAGGAGAGGAUGUGUUCCAAGUGCAUGGUCUAGAACCCGGGCUCAGAUAUAACCUGACAGUGAUGGCAGUCACUCCCGAGGGCACACUGAGUGACUCCGAGACUACAGGAGGCACCACAAAUCCUUCUCCGAUCACCAGUCUUUCUGUGGUGAAUAGGACGACAGAGUCACUGACGGUAAAAUGGACAGAGCCCAAUGAUAUACGAGUCCGUAAUUACACAUACAAUAUUACAGUCACGAACUAUUUUGGAUCGUCAAUUGGGACGCACUCCACUGGGACAGGAGAGGAUGUGUUCCAAGUGCAUGGUCUAGAACCCGGGCUCAGAUAUAACCUGACAGUGAUGGCAGUCACUCCCGAGGGCACACUGAGUGACCCCGAGACUACAGGAGGCACCACAAAUCCUUCUCCGGUCACCAGUCUUUCUGUGGUGAAUAGGACGACAGAGUCACUGACGAUAAACUGGACAGACCCCAAUGAUAUACGAGUCCAUAACUACAUUUACAAUAUUACAGUCACGAACUAUUCUGGAUCUUCAAUCGGGACGCACUCCACUGGGACAGGAGAGGAUGUGUUCCAAGUGCAUGGUCUAGAACCCGGGCUCAGAUAUAACCUGACAGUGAUGGCAGUCACUCCCGAGGGCACACUGAGUGACCCCGAGACUACAGGAGGCACCACAAACCCUUCUCCGGUCACCAGUCUUUCUGUGGUGAAUAGGACGGCAGAGUCACUGACGAUAAACUGGACAGUGCCCAAUGAUAUACGAGUCCAUAAUUACACGUACAAUAUUACAGUCACGAACUAUACUGGAUCUUCAAUUGGGACGCACUCCACUGGGGCAGGAGAGGAAGUGUUCCAAGUGCAUGGUCUAGAACCCGGGCUCAGAUAUAACCUGACAGUGAUGGCAGUCACUCCCGAGGGCACACUGAGUGACCCCGAGACUACAGGAGGCACCACAAAUCCUUCUCCGGUCACCAGUCUUUCUGUGGUGAAUAGGACGACAGAGUCACUGACGAUAAACUGGACAGAGCCCAAUGAUGCACGAGUCCGUAAUUACACGUACAAUAUUACAGUCACGAACUAUACUGGAUCUUCAAUUGGGAUAAACUCCACUGGGACAGGAGAGGAUGUGUUCCAAGUGCACGGUCUAGAACCCGGGCUCAGAUAUAACCUGACAGUGAUGGCAGUCACUCCCGAGGGCACACUGAGUGACCCCAAGACUACAGAAGGCACCACAAAUCCAUCCACAGUUUCUCAACUGUCUCUGGUGAGCAGGACCACGGACUCACUGACAAUAAAAUGGACAGCGCCCAGUGAUAAGCGAGCCACUGAGUAUAUGUACAAUAUUACAGUCGAAAGCAAUACUGGCUCUUUCCAUGUGACCUACUCCACUGCACCAGGACAAAAUGUGUUCCAAGUGCCAGACCUGGAACCGGGGCUCAGAUACAACCUGACGGUGAAGUCAGUCACUCCGGAGAACAUGCCAAGUGACCCCGUGAUCGUGCAAAUCACCACAAAUCCUUCUCUGGUCACCAGCUUGUCUGUGCAGAACAGGACAACCGAGACAUUGGUGAUAACAUGGAAAGUACCGAAUGACUCACGAGUCCUUGCGUACAUGUACAAUAUUACAGUCAAGCAUGAUACUGAACCUUCCACUGAGACCUACUGCAUUGGAGGGAAUACAUUCCAAGUGCCAGCCCUGAAACCUGGGCUCAGAUAUGAACUGGCAGUGAAGGCAGUCACUCCAGAGAAGACAAUGAGUGCCCCUGAGAUUGUCAAUGGCACCACAAAUCCUUCUCCAGUCACCAAUCUAUAUGUGACCAACAGGACAUCAGAAAGCAUAACCCUGCACUGGAGAGAAUCCAAUGAUAUGAGAGUAUUGAGCUACACGUAUAGGGUCAGUGCUGUGUCUGAAAACUUCAGUGAAACCUACAGGACAUUACCUGGAAACACGAGUUUUCAAGUGACAUGCCUUGUCCCUGGCAUGCAUUAUAACAUGACGGUGGAAUCAGUCACACCUGAGGACACUAGCAGCACGCCGGAGAGAUUGAGUUUUGCCACCUUUCCUGGUACUGUCUCCGGAAUCAUCUGCAAUGAGAUCUCAGGUUACUCAAUCCUUGUGAAAUGGAACAAACCGAAGGGCAACUAUACUGGAUUUAACAUCUCCACCUUCGACGGAGACCACUCACUGCACACCAUGACCAUCAGGAGGGAGUCCGAAUACCUGGUUGAAAACUUGCAGCCCGGACGGAAAUACACAUUCCAUGUCUACACCCAAACUGGGCAGUCUUACAGUGCGGGGAUCACUCAGCAAUGUUGGACCCAGUCAACACCUAUCAUCAUUGGAGCAGUUGUUGGCUCUUUCCUGGGCCUGGUCCUUAUUGGUUUGUUGCUGUUUUUCAUCAUCACCAAACGAGUACCAUGGGGGAAAGAAACAGACCCUGACCUUUCACUAAUGUCUGCUCCCCCCAAAGAAUUCAAACCCGUCCCUCUGAGCGAAUAUGAGAUUUACUUUCAGAGAAAGCACGCCGACGCUGAUUUUGGGUUUGCCGAGGAAUACCAGAGUCUGAGCACCGUGGGCAUCAAUCAGCCACUGGAAGCUGCCCUGCUUGAGGACAACAAAGGAAAGAAUCGAUACACUAACGUCCUGCCAUAUGAUGCAUCCCGGGUUAAACUCAUAGCUCAGCCAGACAGUGACAUUUUGGAUUACAUCAAUGCCAAUUACAUGCCGGGUUACAGGUCAAGCAAAGAGUUCAUCGCUGCCCAGGGGCCUUUGCCCAACACAGUGCCGGAUUUCUGGCAGAUGGUUUGGGAGCAGAAGGCAGACGUUGUUGUGAUGCUGACAAGCUGCACAGAAGGAGGUCGGGUCAAAUGUGAACACUAUUGGCCACUGGAUUACACACCCUGUACCUAUGGGAACAUCACAGUUACUGUCUCCUCAGAGACCAUCCUCAGCGAUUGGACCCUCAGAGACUUCAAUAUCAAACAGGCUGGAUCAUCAGAGAAACGUUCGGUCUCUCAUUUCCACUUCACUGCCUGGCCAGAUCACGGAGUUCCCAAAACCACGGAGAAACUGAUAGCCUUCCACAAAAUACUUCGGGAUCACCUGGACAGAAGGAACCAAGGUUUACCAAUUGUACAUUGCAGUGCUGGAGUCGGGAGAACGGGAACUUUAAUAGCACUGGAUUACCUACUUCAACAAAUGGAACAGGAAGGUGUGGUUGACGUUUAUGGGAUUGUCCGUAAAAUGAGGCAGAACCGGCCUCUGAUGGUCCAGACUGAACUUCAGUACAUCUUCCUGCAUCAGUGCAUGUUGGAUACGAUUCAACAGAGGGGAGAGCCUGAAGAAGCCAUUUAUGAGAAUCAACAGAACCUUAUCUAUGAGAAUGUUAGUGCCAUCCAUGCUACAGACACACGGCUCAUUUAAUUAGUCACAACACCCUUCC